ACUUCCUUGUAAGGAAACCAAACUGCGCAACAAGCAGACUGGUCUGCCACUGUGAUUACACAGGACCUGUAGAGGUGUCCAUCUCAAUUGCCAGGAACGGAGCUGUGUAACCAAGAGUGACCAGCAUGUCAGUGACUGUGACCAAAGGCGAAGGGGUGACUGUGUUCACCGUGAACUCUAAAGAAGGAAGCAGUUGGCCCCUGCUGUGUCAAAUACUUGGGACCCUGUGCUACAGCCCAGCAUGCUCUGUGUCCCAGGGAUUGAGGAGGCUCCAAGCAAGUUCCCAGUCAGCUCUGGGGAUUAUACAGAUCAUGGUGGGAGUACUCAACAUUGGCUUGGGAGUGAUCCUUAUUGAUUAUUCUAGCCUACUGCGAUGGAAUGGGACUCCUUUUUGGCUUGGUGGUGUGUUUAUAGCAGUUGGCAUCAUGUGUAUCUUGGCUGAGAAGUUCCCCAGUCCCUGCUUGGUGGGCAUCAAUGUGUUAAUGAAUCUGUCAGGUGCUGCUCUGGCCAUUGCUGGAAUUGUGCUGUAUGCUGUAGACCUAGCAAACGACCAUUUCUGGUGGACUUGCAAUGAGGACAACUACAACUGGCGAGAUGACUACUAUGGCGGCCGGGUGACAAAACCACCCAAUGAUCAGCAGAGGGAUAGACUCUUGGAAAAAUGCAAAGAUGCCAAGCAGAUUGCACAGAUGUUGAUGAAUGCCUUGGACAUCGUGCUCAUCGUCCUUGCAGUCCUUCAGCUUUGUGUUACCAUCAGCUCUGCUGUCUUGGGUCUCAAGGCUUUGUGCAAGAAUGGAAAGGAGGGAAAACAGAACAUCCAGGACCUGGAGCAGUACAAGCCUCUGCUGGAGGAGGUCACCACUAACCCUGCAGCUUAAAGACAGCACUGAUCUGAUAUACUUUAUUGUCUCAGAGGGGAAAUUUGUCAUGGACGAUUAAAGAGUGCUGCUGCUUCUGUUUUGUUAUAUACACACAGUAUGUAGUACAUGUAGUUCACUUACUUAAUUUACUGUAAAGCCUACUGUGACUUGCUUUGUUUAAAUGAUAACUGACACUGAUUGUAUGUCUUCAUGCAGUUUUAGUCAUGUUUUUUGUAUUUGUAAUUUUUUCAAAACUGGACAGUUAUAAAGUGGAAUAUAUCAAGUUAAUUACUGAAUUGACUGUUGUAUAUUAUUUUGUUGUUGUUGAGUAUUUCAAUAUUUUCUUACCUUAUCUUUUAUUCUGUUCCCCCCCAAAAAUAAACAAACUGUCUUAGCUCA